UGAAGGGAUCUUUCGAAUGCCAUAAAGGAAAAAUCAAAGGUAGUGGACAUGUCUCUGCCGAUAUUUCCGGUGUCGGCUUUGAUUUGUCCAUUGAUAUGGGUGUUGACUCCACUGGUCGUCCCAGGGUCUCGGCUGGAACGUGCACCAGUAGCGUCGGUUCGGUAAACAUCCGUUUCCACGGCAAAAUCUUAGCGAAGAUUCUCAACCUCCUCAAGGGAAAGGUCGAGGACACUAUCCGGCACACGCUUCGUACCAAGGCGACAUAUAUGGAAACCUUCCAUAAGGGUGAGAUCUAUUGGAAAACCACGCCCUCCACGGAGGCCCCCUUCACCGCCCCUUCUAUGCCCGAGAAUAGAGACACUGACCGGAUGUUGUACUUUUAUAUCUCGGACUACAUGUUUAACACGUUGUUCUUUGCGGCCCAAAGCAACAGAUACCUGCAGCUCAACAUCACUGCGUCUGACCUGCCCGCUAGUGCUCGGGGUGUCCUCAACACGACCUGUGCAGGCGUCAUACCAACAUGUAUCGGUGGCCUCAUCCCUGCGAUCGGUCAAAAGUAUCCAAACAGUAUUGUAGAUCUGCGCUUGUUCAAUGGUGUCGCUCCUGUCAUGGACGUCACUUCCGCCGGUGUUGGUGUAAAUACCUCAGGAGCAAUCGAUCUCAACGUGCAUAAGCCGGGUACGAACAAAGGGGAAGUGUUUCUCGUCUCAUUCAGUGCGAAUAUGACCUUUCGAUCAGACGUUUUGAUGAACGGCUCGGUCAUACAUGCCAGGAUCACUUAUUUGAACUGGAAUCUUAAAACUGUUCGUUCGGAAGUUGGCCCUGUUGAUGAUAAAUUCAUCGACUUUCUGAUCAAAUAUGCUCUCGACGUGUUCCUGAUACCCAAAUUGAACGACUACGCUUCAAAGGGGAUACCUCUUCCAAUUGGAAAAGAGGUUUCAUUGAAAAAUGCAUCCGUCGUGCUUGCUAAGGAUACCAUCGUUAUCGCCACUGACGUCGCGUACACACCGUCGGUUCAACGGGAUGUCGAUGGAGCGUUGAAAUUCGUGCCAUACGACUCAAUGUCAAGAUCGAUAACAAAAACAUCGGUGACGUCAAGACCGGCAACGACAACAUCGACGACGUCACCAUCGGUGACGACAACAUCAGCGCUAUCAGAGUUUAAGUUAGAUUGGUGA